UCUCGUUUGUGCGACCGGCGAGGUGAGGUUAGGUUCGUGGCAGUGCAGCGGAUCCGUAGCCCCCGUGUAGGUACCCGUGGGUGGACUGUUAUCAGUUCUAUUGCUGCAAAUAUUUUAAUCUGAGAACUGCGAGAAUGGACGCGUUGUCGACGGGAAGCUUGACAGGUUCGCAACGGGAUGAGCUGAUGCAGCAAGUGAAGCAACAGAUAGCGGUCGCCAAUGCACAGGAACUGCUCCAGAAAAUGACAGAGAAAUGCUUCAGAAAAUGCAUAAGCAAGCCGGGUACCUCGUUGGACAGCUCGGAACAGAAAUGCAUAGCAAUGUGUAUGGAUCGGUACAUGGACUCGUUUAAUAUUGUAUCGAAAACAUAUAGUGAACGACUCCAAAGAGAACGCAACAGAAUGUAAAUACAGAAACUUGUGGAAAUAUAUUGUUACUUGUUAUAUAUCAACAUUGUAAUUUAAUGGUACCAUUACAGUAUCACGUAGUGUCCAGUUAGUUUAUACAAAUGUAUUCUUUAUACACAUGGCCAAUGAGAUGCAUCAUCGUCACAUAUAUUGAUUCGAUACGUAUAGUUUUCUUUUCAAGGCAUUUAAUAUGAUGCAUUGUUUGUAAAUGAUGUAUGAUAUGAAUUAAAAUACAGUCAUGUUGAGAUGCGGCAUCGUUAAAAGUACGAGCACUUAUUCUAGUUUAUGUUUUUUAUAUUAUAAUAAUAAAUACCUUUAUUAAAGA